AUGACGAAAGUUCCUCAGGGGUUUGAUUUCAGUUUCCUAAACGAGGAAGAAGCCAGGAAGAUCCUCCAGGUACUGGAAAGAAAUGAGGAACUCCGGAGGGCAGAGAAGGACAGGAUCAGCAAACUUCAAAAGACAAAGAGGGAUAUCAGAUGGCUUCAAGGAGCAACUGGUGAAUGGUUUGAAGAAAUUCAAAGAAAGAAAUUUUGCAAUGAAACAGAUGUUAACCAGAUGUUAAAACCACCACUUACAUAUAGGCUACAGAAGGGGAUGGCAAAAAAUGAUUCGAUGGAAUUACAAACAUCAAGAUCUAAAAGCCUAAUAAACCAAAAGCCAUCUGUUUCUCCCCGAAUGAGCUUUCGGUCAUCCUUUGCUUCACUGUUCUCAUUCAGAAGAUCUGCGAAGGAGACUCUAAAACUUCAAUCUCAGAGACCAAACGGGUGUGAUGAGCGUGUAAGACCUUCGGCAUCUGGGAGGGGGACAGCUGCGGCAAAAAUAUACAAUUUCCCUGUUGGGAAUCAACCAGUUGCCAGUGUGUUUGCUCCUAAGCCAGCCAUCAUGAGGGAGGAAAGUGGUAUGCCUCCGCCCUGGGACGCUUCCCUGCUGGAGAGUGAGUUCUUCCAAGUUUUAGAUGAUUUGGACAACAAGCUGGCUCAGGAACAAUCUUCAGGCUUGAUGAAUACCAGAGUGCCAUUCGACCACGGAUCGAGAGCACAGUUCAAACUGUCUCACAGGAACAGGCAUGGUCAGAGCACAGGAAGGCAUGAAAACUACCAUCGUGAAACUUCCAACAUGUCUAUCUAUGACAUCCUGAGACCUGGAACCCCUAGAGAAGGCUUUAAAACCUUUUCUCCUAGGACAAAGACAAUUUAUGAUAUGUAUAGGACCAGGGAGCCCAGAGUCUUAAAGGAAGACUUCAUGCAAAAGAAUGCAUUUGGUAGUACAUCUCUGUGUUUUGACAGCCGAGAAAGAUCAGCCUCGCCUGCUGCAGGGCGUUUUACUGCCAGGAGUUUACACUUUCCAGCUGAUACUCAAAACAAGAGUAGUUUUACACCAGUGAGGCACCAGCAAAGCCCCAAAAGGACCCCUUUAUCAUCCAUCAUAUGGAAUAGGUCAGAUUCUUCUAGACAUAGGCAGAAUCAGGAAGAGUCACUGGGGGUACCAGCACCAAUGGACAUUGACCCUGCUGAGCAAUAUGUGCCCUCUAGGUGUUUUCAGGAAAGUAGGAGGUAUGAGGUGUGCCAUUCACAGAACACUUACCAAAGCUACCCUUUAAAUGUCCCUGUGGAUAAUGCAAUGGGUCCUGACACAUUGGAGAACUCAGAGAAUAUGCCAUUCUACCGUCAGAAUAAUCCGUUUGCAAGAUCUUUCUUUAGCAGUACCUUCAGACAGAGCAGAGAACAGAGAUUUGGACAGAAUUCUUUUUGGAGCCGACAGGAAGAACAUUCUUCCUGGUCUAACUUUCCCCAGAGCAGGAAGCCAUUCCCUUCUGACAAGGACUUUGAAAUGAUUUCUGUUGAAGCAAACAGGGCAUCAUCUGUUUGCAGCCAUGGUGUCCCUUCUCAGCACUGGAGGCCACGUUCUCCUGGCUGUGGAACAUACGUUUUCAGAGGUCAAGAAGAUUCACAUUGCUGGCGAUCUGAUUUUCAAACAUCCCCACUGGAGAACAUGGACAUCUCACAUGUUAAUGAGAACCGGUUUCCACCCCAUUUUGUCACAGCAGAUGGGUUUUCUAUAACUGACUCGAGUUGCCACAUCCAGCCUUCUGGGCUGGACUCCCAGCAGGGCCACGGCCCUAUAGAAGAAGCUGUAGAUGAGAACCCUUAUUUGUUUGGCAAGGCUCAGACUCCAGUAUCUUCAUUCAGAACUUCCUUCCUCCUGAGUCCCGAUAACAGAAGGGAGACUCAGAGUUCCAGCUUCCAGAAUUCCACAGCUACUUUACAGAAAAUAAUCUCUGAUAAGCCAGACUCUCUUCCAAUAAGAAACUGUACAGAAGUUCCUGUGGCUUGUAGCCAUUCUACAGAAUCUCUGUCUCUUACUGAAACCCAGCCCAAUAUCCCAGUCACAGAAAUGAACAGUGAGAAAGAUAUGGAUGCAUCUAUUUCAGAGGAUGAACAGCUAAACAAGGUGGACCAGAAGAACAGGCCAACUGGGUUAUCCCAAUCUGUUUCACAGACAGUGAUCUCUAGUGAUUUACCUGACUUUCAUAAUGCCCACUCCCAGGAUUCAACCCAAAAUGACAUGUAUGGUUUUAAUGCAUCUGCCACAGAACAUUCCAAAAGAUCAUCUAGGGUCUUUUCCAGGAAAGGUACUUCCCAAAUUCAUACAACACAAAGAGAUCAAAGCAAUGAACUGAACAAAAAUAAAUGUCUUUCUGGGGAUAGGAGACUUGACUCAGCAGCUUUCAUCCAAGAAAGUGGAACAUCGACAUCUCUUACCAGCCCAAAUCAAGGUUGUCACCAGAAAACAGGAAGUAGUGAAGACAGUUCAAGCACCAUUAAAAAUAGCCAUUGGUGCUUUGAACCCACUGCUAACCAAAAAUCACAGCUUUCCAAGGAGCCUGCUAUUUUAGAUCUUGAGCAACAGCAAAGUCCCUCCACUCAUUCUACCAAUGGCAGCAAGCUGGCUGCUGGGCACAAUGUCUCACGAGAUCCUGUAUAUGUGUCAUCAGAUGCACCCCAAGAUUCUUUCCUUGGUGCUCUUCUGGUACCUUCCACUACAGUGUUCUCCAGGAGCCUUUCAGACCAAAAUCCAGGUCAAGAACAACGAGAAGAAAAAGACAAAGCUACCAAGAACCAAAAUAAUCAGCUGGCUGUAAAUUCUGCAGAUGACCAAGAGAGUCAUGAUGGUCCUGCACUUCCGCAUGAUGCUGUUCACUGCCACCCAUACUCUCCCUUCAAGAAUGGGAGGGGGAAGGGAAGAGUAAGGCGCCGUGUGUCCUGUAUUGAGAAGCUAACCAAAACAGAGAGUAGAGCGGCACCCACAAGAGAAGGCAGUAGCUGUGCUGAGGACCCAAGCAGCAUCAAAGCUCCUGAGCUCAGCACAGUCUAUUGCACCUUGCCAAGAAAACCAGCCAGCUUCCUCAUACACAGCAGACAGCAGGAAAGUAAGGUAGUGGCUGCUUCAGUUAGGAAUGGGCCACCUCCAUUCCAAAUAAAAAAUAAAGCAGAAGUUCUCACUGGAAAGAGCACAUCUGACAAGCCCAGUUCUCCUGAAUCAAUGGGUGAUGCUGCAAAUUCAGUCAUGGGGACACCCAAAGCCACCAAGAGGAUGACAGAUAUGAAAGCCAUUAGAUCAGCCUCAGUUAGGAAAGGACCACUCCCUUUCCUCAUCAAGAGGGCGGUAUCAUGUCCUUCAGGGGAGCCAUGUACCUUGGCUGAAAGUGGUGAAAGAGAAAAGUCACCAGUCCUGGACAUGGAUACUUCUCCUAUAAUACCCAGGCUUUCGGGGAGACUCUUUAACUCUCUGGAAGGUGAAUCAUCAUUUAGAUUUUCUGAAAAGGAACUUGCUCAAGAACACAUUGGAAAGAGUAGUGAGCCUCUGGCCCCCAGAAUGAACUCAUUUGCCCUUUCAAACAAAACCCCUGAACCUUUGUGUGCAACUGGAUCAGGAAAAGAAAGUGGGAAAGCACUCCAUAAGUUUAAGACGACUAGCAUGUUUUCUGUUUCUGGCGAUGAAGAGAAUGUGAAGUGUCUUGAGGUGGUUUCAAUAUAUUAUACUCUACCAAGAAAACCCAGCAAAAAAUUCUGCAGCCUCCUUCAGCAGUACGCACAAGGUACCGAUUCACUUAGAGAUGCUUUUCAGGGAGAAGCUAAAGCAUCUCCUAAUGCUUUAGAAGCCAAUGAGCUGAAUUGUCCUGCACAAAUGCAGUCAGGAAUACCUUCACCACACGACCUAAAGAUGCAGGUUGACUCUGCUCCAUACUGUCUCUCCCACAGCCCUCAAAGUAAGGCUAUCUCCCAACUGCCAGAUAGAGAGACUUCCAAAUCUACAUCAGAGGAAAUGGCUUCUGUGGGGUCAGAUGUUUCUCUUCACAGAGAAGAACCUAGGAUCAAAGAGAUUUCCCCAAGUAAUGUAUCUAAAACAGCUCUAGAUGAUUCACUAAGCAAAGAAAAGAGAGAGAAAGAAUUGCUAAGACAAAUCCUACAGAGCCCAUCACUGCAUCAGGAAAAAGGUGCUGGAGAAGAAAACACUAAGAGUCAUCAACAACCUUCUAAAGGAGGAAGCAGUGGUCCCUCCAGUCUCCCAUCUCACUCAGAAGAUAAUGUUGAAAAUUCCCAAAUCAGAAGAGAUUCUGGAAUAUGUGCAGGUGGCAUGGCCACUAUCUCUUCAGGAAAUGGACGGUAUCCUUGGAGAGGUCAUGUGGCUGUAGUUGUAGCUGACCGUUCUAGUAGGUCACAGCCUAGGGAAACCAGUGGAACAACUGGGUCAUACUGCCAAAACCUGACUGAUAAAAUGCUCUCUGACUCAGAAAGUGAAACCUUUGCUCUGACACCAGCAUUGCGAAAGCUGCAGCUUGCUGAAGAGGCUCAGUCAGGGGGAGCAGGUCUGCAGUCAGAACCCAGGCAGGCAGGAAGUCAGGAAACAGACACAGCAGAGAUGAGGAAGGUUGAAGAUGAAGGACAAAUGUUGACAUGGGAUCAAACUUUACUUCCUAGAGGAAAUAAUAAAAAUAAAACCAUCAUGGAUGACCUAGAAACAAAAGACAGAUACUCAGGUAAACAUAGAUUGACAGCCAUAUCUAAAGCAAGCAAAAAAAUCCCAGCUAAGGAUUUAAGUCCCAGAAAACAUGUAGCUACUAUCUUCUCCCAAAAUGAAAGCAAAUCUGGCUUUAGGAGGCUCUCUCUUUAUAGACCAGAGGACAACCCACCAUCCCCUGAACCUAUUAUAAAAUCAACAGAGUCCACAGAUAAAAGCAGUCCCAUGAAUAUGGACAAAUGUGAGACCCUUCUCCAGGAGACCACAGUUUCUAGCCCUGGACCUCCUGGUCAGUCCUGCAAUCAAAAUUCUGCUAACAUUUUGCAAGCACAUCUGAGUGGGUCACACAGCAUCUCAGAAGCAUCACAAAAGACCAAGGGUUCUAAAGCUCAGAUUUCAGGAGAGUUGGGAGCCCCAGCUCAGCUUACACUAACCAGCCCCUUAGAAAAAAGUGCUGGCUGUCAGCAGAGGUUAAGUCCUCCUUUCCCCCUAGAGCCUACACAGAAAUCAACAAUAAACUCCCAUUGUCAGCUGCGGCACAGGAGUGCCCCAUCUCCAGAGUCAGAACCUGAGUCACAGCUCUAUCGGUCAAAGAGUUUAAGAAACAUCAAUGUGCACAGCGACCUGUUGUGUACAAGCCACCCUCCCAAAGCCAGAGGGCGCCACUUCUCCGAAAACACUUCCAUUGACAAUGCUCUGAGUCAACUGUCCCUUGAAGAUGACUCCUUCCCCAACAGUGGGUACAAUCGAAGAUUCAAAUCUUUUUCCGAGCUUCCUAACUCUUACGAAAGUGAAAGUUGGACUUCAUAUAACAAUAGGACACAAGGUCCCAAGUCCACCUCAUCCAUUUCCAGGCCUAUUGACUAUGGAAUUUUUGGGAAAGAGCAGCAGUUGGCUUUCUUGGAGAAUGUCAAACGCUCACUCACACAGGGAAGAUUAUGGAAGCCAAGUUUCCUCAAGAACCCUGGCUUCCUCAAGGAUGAUGUGCUUAAUGCUUCCAACCUGUCACAGUCAGAGCUGGUAAAGUCUCCUGCGGGUCAGGUACCAGAAGAUGGCUUAUUUCCAAGUGAGCCACUUAAUAUCUACAAGGACGACCCAGUGGAUCCACUGGACUCAGACUGGGACACAGACACAACCACAGAUGAUGAGUACUACCUGGAUGAAAACGAUAAAGAGUCAGAACUAUGAGACUUUUGCGAGAAACUGCAUAAUAUAACACUGUCAUGUUUUGCUUUUUACCAAAAGCUUACCAUGGAAAUUAGUCCAAUAAUUAUAGACAGAAAAAAUAGAGCUGGUUUAGGAAGUGUUCAAUCCCUUUUUAUUCCAUUUUUUCCUUUCUGGAUUCUAAGAAUAAUGCCCACUGUUCUUGAAGGGUUUUGUGUGUGUGUGUUUUUUCCUGCUAUGUUUUUCCUGGUGUGUUUGAACUUGGUCCUCCUCGUCUCUAAGCCACUUUCCAAUGUUAGCACUCUUUUCUCAACUUCUCUUACCUUUAAUAGUUUAGGAAUAUGUUCGACCUUGUGACUUGUUAAUUACCCAGCACAGCUGCAAAACUGAAUUGCCUCUGUCCACAGCCUGAAUUCCUGCUAUUAAAUGUAACAUAGGGAAAGCAAUAGUGGGGUAAAAUGCAGGCAUUGUGUAUGCAUAUGUUUAUGCAGUGUCUACAGAGGCCGGAAGAGGGCACUGGAACCCAUGGAAUGGGAGGAACAGAUGGUUGUUAGGAGUCACAUGGGUUCUGGGAAUCAAACCUAGGUCCUCUGCAGGAGCUGCAAGUGCUCUUAUCUCCUGAGCCCUCUCCAGCCACGCAAGA